AUAACACCAAAACAGAUAUGUUUAGCAAUUUUAUUAGAAGAUAUUCCACCUCAAACAAUAAAUUUUCAAUUAAUUUAAAUGAAUUAAUUAUUGAAAAAACUAAAACCCCAUUACCAAAAAUUACAGAUAAAAGUAAAUUAGUUUUUGGUAAACAAUUUUCAGAUCAUAUGAUUGAAGUACCAUGGACAGCAGAAAAUGGAUGGGGAGCACCAAAGAUUUCAGGAUACCACAACCUUUCAAUUCCACCAUCAGCAUCAGUUUUUCAUUAUGCUUUAGAAUGUUUCGAAGGUAUGAAAGCUUAUAAAGAUGAAAAAGGUCAAAUUCGUUUAUUCAGACCAAUGGAAAAUAUGAAACGUUUUGAAAAUUCAGCCAAAAGAAUUUGCUUACCAACAUUCGAUAAGGAAGCAGUUGUUGAAUUAAUCAAGAAAUUAGUAACCAUCGAUAAAGAUUGGAUCCCAGAAGGUAAAGGUUAUUCACUCUAUUUAAGACCAACUUUAAUCGCCACUCAAAACAGUUUAGGUGUUGGUGCAUCCAACAGCGCUUUAAUGUUUGUUAUCGCAUCACCAGUCGGUCCAUAUUACCCAGAAGGUUUCAAACCAGUUAGAUUAAUUGCUGACGAUCAAUAUGUUAGAGCAUGGGCUGGAGGUAGUGGUGCUUUUAAAUUAGGUUCAAAUUAUGCACCAACUAUUUUCCCACAAAUCGAAGCCGCCAAAAAAGGUUACUCACAAGUCCUCUGGUUACUUAACGAUUACGUUACCGAAGUUGGUACUAUGAAUAUGUUUGUUUUAUGGAAAAAUAAUGACGGUGAACUCGAACUCAUCACUCCACCACUUCACGAUGGUACUAUUUUACCAGGUAUCACUCGUGAUUCAAUUUUAAGUUUAGCUCGUCAAUGGGGUGAAUUCAAAGUCAGCGAAAAGAACUUUACAAUGUCAGAAUUAGCUAAAGCCAUCAAAGAGGGUCGUGUUAAAGAAGCUUUUGGUGCUGGUACAGCCGCUAUCGUUUCCCCAAUUAAAUCAAUCUCUUAUAAAGGUGAAGAAUACCCAAUUCCAAUUGACGAAUCCAUUCAAUGUGGUCAAUUAACUAAAAGAGUUUCUGAUAAAAUUUUAGCUAUCCAAUACGGUGAAGUCGAAUCUGAUUGGUCUGUUGUUGUUUAAUAAUUAAUAAAAAUAUAUAAAUAAUAAUAUAAUAAUAUAC